AUGCAGGCUCCGUUCAAAGGUGGUAGGAUGAGCCUGACCUUGUGGAUGAACCGCCAGUACGCAAACCAGGUAAAGGACCCGGAUUGCAUGAAAUUAGAGCGGUCGGUGUCGGCGGCCACGCACUGCAACACCUUGCCCUUGUUCGGCUUGAAAUUCAUCUUGAGAUGGGUUGUGCCAAAAUUUUCUCUUUGCGUUCUUCAUUCUUGGCUCCGUGACGCAGCGGAAGAUGCACUGGAAGCACACCGACAUGGUGCAGCGGGUGUCAUCGUGUCCAACCACGGUGGACGCCAACUGGACGGAACACCGGCAACAAUUGACGUCCUGGCUGAGAUCGUGGCUGCUGUGGGUGACAAGCUGGAAGUCUAUCUGGACAGUGGAGUGCGCACAGGUGCCGACGUGGUCAAGGCGCUCGCGCUGGGAGCUCGGGCAGUCUUCGUGGGACGGCCGGUGCUCUGGGGACUCGCAUACAACGGCAAACAAGGAGUCGAAAGGGUUCUGCAAAUACUGAGGAAUGAACUGGAGCACACAAUGCGACUGCUCGGUUGCUCGGACGUUACCGACCUGUGCGAAGACUUCGUCAUUCAAGAGAAGCGGUACUCUAGGCCACUGCGGUGUGCUCUGUGAAGGCAACAUGACUGGGUGUAACCGAUUCGUCGCGGACCAUUAACAGCGAUGCACAUAAGCGAGCAAAAGUACAGGAAUCCAAGAGCCGGGAAAAUACGAAUUUAAUCGUCAUUGUUAUGUGCGCAUGACCUAAAUAUAGUUUAGUGCACUCGCACGGCAGAGUUCGGGCGAAGUUUUGCAAUUCAGGGCUUUACCACGCCGUCGAUUCGCGACUGAAUGGGUGUUUUAUAGGGCAAGAUAGUGGGGGGUUUGAACCAGUGUUUAUUGUAGCGUACGGACCGUUAUCAGCGUCGUAAGUGACCCCGCAACAACAAUGCUUAAACGAGUGACCCCCAGAGCUGAAAAUUGCGAAGAUGUGAGAGUGCUGGAUUUCUGUGGCAGGCCUCGCAAUAUCCGUGGCAAACUAGAAAGUUCAGGGCGAAGGAAAAAAAAAUCUAGGCCACAACUUAGCACCGAUAACUCUCAAGUGUGCGCGUACGUAACAUACCUAGAUUGUGACAUCUCGACAGCGGUGUGCCACGAACUACCUUGUACGCUAUCAUUAAACAGAGUGGUGUUUCUAUACCUCGUAUCGAUUUUGCGAUUUCAUGCGUACUGUGAUUCCGAUCGCGUACGC